UGGCAACAGAAGAGACUUCUUCCUGAGCAGUUCACUCCAUUUUCAAAAGGCUACAUACAUCUGUUCUUUAUUUUGUCAAGCUGUAAUCUUACACACACACACACACACUCAAUGUAGAGAAUGUGAAAGACUACCACAGAGAGAGGAUAAAAGCUAUUUUCAGGGCCAGCAGGUGGAUUGGCCCAAGCAGUCACACUAGAAUCUAUGGAUAGAAGCCACAUUUGCCAAGGCCACACUUCUAGCACAGCUGAAAUUAUGUACGUAAAACACUUAGCACAAUGCUUGGCAUAUGGUAAGCACUCAAUAAAUCAUUGCCUUCCUCUUCCCCAUGGUUCCUUACAGUGGCAAUCCUAAGUUCCCUCUCUCAAUACCAUAGAUAGAUGAUUGAUCUAGUUGAUGUAAUUUGUCCCAGUAGCUUCAGUUCAUUUAAAGCAGAUAGUUUUAUAAUCUCUUCAGUUUGCUCUCACCAAUUAGUUCUAAUUCAUUAAACAUUUGAGUGCCAAUUAAUUGCCAGCCACUGUACUACAUAUAAUAAACAAAGAUAAAAAGAUAUCUCUGCCUUCAAGCCACUCACCAUCAUUUCAGGCCUUUGGGAUACAAAUAAGCCUUGAGCAUACAGCCUAGUGGGAGGAGACAACUAAGUACAAGGAUGUACUGGGGGGCUAGCAUGGAAAAGGGUCAGGCAGGAAAGGGAGCACAGAGAAAGUGACACUUAAUCUGUAUUUUGAAGGAUGAGGAUUUGCCAGGUGGAAGAGGAAAAUGAUCCCAGAGGGAAGCAGAGCCUGGUUCUUGGGGGAACUGCAGAUAGGAUAUGACUAGGAAACAGGGCAUAAGACCUGCUAGAAUUGAGGCUGGAGAGAUAGACAGUAGCAAGCACUGGUGGGUCUUUGCUAUGCGGUGCUAAGUAUCUCGUCUUAUGCUGAGAGCAAGGGGAAGCAAAAUGAUCAGAUUUAUGUUUUAGGUCACUCUGGCAGCACUGUAGAGAAUGAAUUGGUAAGGGCAGGACUAUUUGGCGAUUUGCAAUAAUAUUUCAGGCAGAAUAUGAGGAAAGCUUGAACUAGGGCAAUGGAGGCUGGAGAGUAAGACAUGGAUUUGAGGAAGUUUAAGAAGGUAAACUGCACUUGGUUGCCAUUUAAGUAAGAAGAAAGAAAGAGGAGGUGUGAAAAACGUUUCCUGGGUAUCUGGCUAGGAGACAGAUUAAUUCUAGGUGAUACCUGAAACGGAUAGGUGUUAUAGCAGAGCUAUGGACGGGUGCUUAGAGUUCAGCACAUGGCUCGUGGGAAGUGACGAGUCUGGGAUCAUUGCCCUAAACAGAAGAGAUGGGAAGAAGAGAGGAGCUCAGGAUUUAGAGGUAUUCUCCUUUGUCAUUUAUUAACAUUACACCCACGGAUCAUCCCCAAGUGUUAACACCUAAAUUUCCCGGGGACGUUUGGGAAGCCUGGCAAUCCCAAUCCCGCGGAACAGUCCAAGGGCAGGCGCCGCUGGGCCACCAGAGGGCGCCAGGCGGGCCACAGCUACCCGAGAGCCGCGCUAUGGCGGCCGCGCGAGUGUUGCUGCUCCUGUCCGGGCGCCCGGAGUCGGUGAGCUUCGCGCAGAGUGUGUGUGGCCUCCUGGGCGCCAGGUCAGGGCUUGGGCCGUGGCCCAUGCACUGCAGCUUGAAACAAGGACGGCUCGUCCUCUCGGCUAGGCCAUUCCCAGGCGCCUCGUUCAGACUUCCGCUCCAGCGACCCCCUUUCUGCCCCUUUGCGGCCCUGGAUCAGCAGCCCUGGGCUUCAGGGGCGGAGCUGCCCACGAAUCGGGGUGUGGAUCUGGGUGUGGCCGUCAUUCUGCAGUCCAGCGACCAGACUGUCUUGUUGACCCGAAGGACCCGCACCCUCAGCAUUUCUCCCAACCUCUGGGUACCCCCAGGUGGACAUGUGGAACUUGAUGAAGAGCUGUUGGACGGAGGGCUUCGAGAGCUUUGGGAGGAAAGUGGACUACAGCUGCCCCAGGGCCAGUUCUCUUGGGUUCCUCUGGGUUUAUGGGAGACUGCCUACCCUCCUAGGCUGAGCUGGGGUCUCCCGAAAUACCAUCACAUCAUUCUCUAUCUACUUGUGAUCUCCCAGGAGUCACAGCAGCAGCUGCAGGCCCGGAUCCAACCAAACCCAAGUGAGGUGAGUGCCCUUAUGUGGCUGAGACCAGAUGUAGCAGCUGCAGUGGCUGCCACAGAGGAUGGGACAGAGACACCCAGACAUCUCCCUCAGGACCUACCACCCUCUGUCCCUGCAGUGGAACUAGAGGAUGGAGGAGCUCGACCUCUGGCCUUGCCCAUGUCCACACUGCUGCGGACGACCCCAAGCACAGCAGAAAGCAAAGAGAGGGUCAGCACUGGGACCAAGUUUGCCCUCAGGCUCUGGCUCCAACAUCUGGGCAGUGUGACAGCCCUACCAUGUGCAAGUGGAGCUCACGUGGAUCCAGGGCCAGCAAAGGAAGAACGGAACAUGGACCCUCUCCCCUCAAACCAGGGAUCUGGAAAGUGAAGUGCAUAAUCCCCUCCCCAGCCCACCUCUGUGACACUCACAAAACAUUCACAACCUUUAUUAUGGGUAAGAACUUUGCUACAACUUUGGGAAUAAAAAGUAAAAUUACAACAUAGGUCCUAGGCCCUGGAGAAGCCUGAAAAAGGAGAUUGGGGAGAGCACAAAGGUCCUCCCACCUCCCAGGACAGGUGCAGAAUGAGCCAGACCUAACCACGGAAGCCCUAGAAGCCCAGGGCCUGGUCGGCAUAAGAAACACUGUGAACUUAAAUAUAUAAAUAGAGAGAGACCCAGGCAAUAUGCCAGACCCUGGCAAUCAGGGCUGAGGCCUUAUCUCCCCCUCAGUCAUACUGGGAAGUAGGAGGCAGGGGAAGCCAUCUUUGGAGUAUUUUGGUUUUUCUUGUUUAUAUACAAAAAAUCUGCAACCCAAAAUAGAGUUCUCUGUCCGUGUGUC